AUGGGUAACCAGGCCAGCGGUGACGAUUCAGCAAGCUAUACCACUACGGAUUUCGAUGCGGACUCGGAUAUCUACAGCCUUUAUUCGCAGGUAGCAGCAGCCUCUAGUAGGGCUUCUUCGCCGGUACCCAUGGAACCCCCGGAAGCUGAUCUUAGCCACCUCACGGAGGAGGAGCGUGCACACAUUGCAAGUGUGCUGGAGAGAGCAAGACUGCUACAGGACCGCGAAGAACAACGUGUCCGGGAGCUUGAAACCGAGUAUACCACAUUUGCCGAGAAUAUCAUACGCCGGUCGUCGUUAACAGAGCUAGACAAGACGGACGUAUGUCCAAUUUGUCUAACAACCGAAAUACCCAUGUUUCCACAACAGCUAGAAGCAGCGGGAAUUGACCCCGGUAUCGUGUGCGGAGACUGUGAGCGCAGAAUUUGCUCAAAAUGUGGAUCGUAUUACACGUCCGUGGCUACAAAGAAAGAAAAGUGGCUGUGUCACAUGUGUCAAAAGCGUCGUCAUUUGUACACCAGCUCUGGAAUGUGGUAUCAUGGACAUGGCAGCAGACCAUGCCUCAGUAGAGGAAGUAGUUUAGAAGAGGUGUUCAUGGCAGUCAAUGCAGCUGAUAGAAGAUCGUCAUCACCAAGAUCAGAGGACUCCAUGCUCUAUGCAGGUGCACCAGGUGAGGAGAGAAACAGAAAUCAGUUAGAACAUUCUGAAUCCUUGGAAGAUAGACCUGAACAUGAACUCAGAUCGCGAGGUGUUGGACAAAGUUCUAGUGAUGAGGAUGGCAGCAAGUCAUCAGAUGCUAGUCUUAAAAAAGGCAUGACUCAAGCGAAAUCUGGUAUAUUAGAAGGAAAAGAUAUUGUAAACGAUGACCAUUCCACAGAUAACAUUAGCCCAAGUUCCACCUAUGAUAGUGGUCUAGGAGCAAGUACAAAAAUAUCAUCUACAGAGGAAAUUGAUAUGGAUGAAUAUCGUACGCAGUCAAGCAGUGAAGGUGUUGUCAAUUUAUCAAAACAGGACAUGCUAACGUCAGUGAAUGAAAUGAAAGAGCAUGAAAGACUUGUUAGAUCAUGUGUUCAUGAUUUACAUGAUAUUACAGAAUCGCCAGAAGAAGUAGAGCAGCAUUCUAGGCUUGUUAAAAUGAGGUCUCUAAGUUUGCAGAGACAAGAUACAGCAGAGUCAUUGGAUGAAGCGGAAAUGCAAAGACAAUUGCUAGAAUUAUGUACAGCUGAUAGUUUGGAUGAAGAUGAAAUGCAAAGACAACUGCUGGAAUUAGCUGGAACAAGUUAUAGCUUAGAAGAAGACACACCAGGAGAGCCAAUCUCAGAAAAUGUGGUAUCAGAUGUAAUAAGUAGGGCUGCCGAAUCUCCUGUAGGAGAUCGAUUUGGUGCUUAUGGAGAGGAAUCUCCAAUUCCACACCCCCCACAACAUGCAGACAUUCAGGAAACAAUUACUGUACCAGAACACUUAGAUAAAAGCCAAGAAACUGUGCAAGCUAAUGAUUUUUCAAAAGAGAGAGAAAGUGCCUCGUCUACUCUAAAAGCCUCUAAAGAAAUAUCAGUAAAACACAAAAUUGAACUAUUUGAAAAUAGAGAUUUGCCCUCAGAUGACAGAGCACAUACACUUCAAAAAUCCGCAUCUGUAGGCGAACAAAGACCACAGAGGAUAUUGCAAAAUUCAUCUUCUCUCAGUAAUGACAAUCUGGGCGACAUCCCACCAGUUAGCAAGGUACAAUAUAAGAAACAUCAACAAGAUUGGGCUCAUGAGAGUCUAAGUGAUAGUGAAAUAAAAACUGGUAGCAAAAAACUGACAAUUGAAUCAGGAUCUCUUGCCAGUAGCAAGCCAGCACUAGCAAAAAGUGAUUCAAAGCUAGCUAACACUGGUAAAGAUGAAUUGAUAGGGCUUGAUGUGUCACUAAGUAUAGAAUCAGGAAUUGGUAGUAUGGACAGUGGUCUUAAUGGAAAGGAUGGGCAAAAUGGCAGUUCACCAACCCACCCAGAAGAAGGUCCAGAAAUACGUUACCAGUCUUUUCAUGAUCUUCGAAAUGUGGGAAAAGAAGACCCCAAAUCCCAGCACACACCACAGUAUACAAGACCAAAGCCAGCAAACUUACCAAAACGGCGGAGGUCUAAACCUGUAAUGGAAAUUCCUUUAUCUCCAAUAUGGGAUGUAGAGGUUGUGACUCCGGAAUCUGAUCAUCCAGCUGGAGAAUUUCAAUCUCCUGAGUAUUCGAAUCCAGAACUAGCAGAAGAAUCACCAAUUGAGCCUAUAGAUAAUGUUGAUUAUGUUACAACUGAAGAUACCCAGAAAGUUGUCACUUCCAAUGCUGCAAGCAAGGGGUCAGAUGAUUAUGAUUCACUGCAAGAACAUGCUGCCAAAUACACACAACAAUUAGAGGAGGCAAACAAUGUGCCUGAAAAAUCCAUUUGUUUUGGUUUGCAGAAACGUGCCUUAGAUGUUGUUCCAGAGGAAUCAGCUGAGCUCAUUAGAGAAGAAGAAAUUCAACAACAAUUAUCAAUUGUCUCAAAAAUAAACCAAGAGUCUGAGAAAAAAGAAGGUCUGCCUCAACCUUGCCAACGGCCAGAAAAAAUCCAAACAUUUACAGAAGAAAACAUUCCUACUCACGAUGUUACAGCAGAGCAUAGUGUGUCAACAACAACUAAAAGAACUGAAAAGGAAUACAAAUAUUAUAUUGAAACUUUUAAACAACAUUCACCUGAGGAAGACUCGACUUCAAAACUGAAAAUCGAAAUUGAAACUUCAAAAGGAGAUGAAGGAUUAUUUAACACUAGUUCAGAAGAUGUAUCUGCACAGAAAGCAAUUGUUCAGGAUAUAGCCACUAAAACGAAAGAACCAUAUAAAGAACUUGAUCAGAAACAAAUGACGAAUGAGGAACUAAAAUAUAAUGACUCUAUGAGUGAUACAGGCAGUCAAUCUUUAAAUGAAAAAAAUGAGUUUCAUCACAACAUAAUUAAGAAUUUCGAUACCAUUGCAACUGUUGUCAAAGACAGGGGUGGUGCUAUAUUCGUGGUAUCAAAAUAUGAAGAAGCAAACGAUGAGAAAGAAGAUAAAUCACCUAGUAAAUCACCAGAAAAGCCAAGAGCAAAGACAAGUGAUGCACAAUUAUCUUGCAAGAAAAGACAAAAACCUGUGCCACUUCCAAGGACAAGUAAAUUGCCUGUUGGGGCCAGUGGAUCUCAAAAUGAUUCAGUGGAAGAAAGUGCCAGAAGUGCACAUCUAGAUGAAAGGCUGCCAAUUCUCAAAACUGAAAAUGGUGGAAAUAAAAAACGAAUUCGUCGAACUCUCCCUUCAACUAUGAUUGCUUCCAAGUCAACUGAUACUCUACCCCUUUACAGCAAAGCUACUUCAAGUCCAACUAAGACGACAGGAUCAUACAUACGUUCACGAUCAUUAGAUAAUAUUUCUCAUUCUAAAUUACCCCAGAAGUUAGUGAAACAAUCUGAUAUAACACAGACACAACCUGAUGAGCAGUUAACAUCUAUUGUUGCUAGGCAAUCACCCACUACACAUUUUCUUGAGUGUCAAAUAAGCAAAGACAGUAGUGUUGGGUCGCAAGAUUCUAUUCUGGAAUCGCCAAUAACACCUGAACUUGUUACAGAGACAUUUUCGGAUCCAAAGCCAAGUAGCCCAACACUUGAACCUCCAAAUAAAUUAACAACAUUCAAUCUCGCAAGUCCACCUAAAGAUAUUAGACAACGAGGAACAAAACUAGCACUUGAAAGAAAUGACUCAAAUCGAAAACAACACCCUCAAACUAAAACUGUUGGGAAGACAGGAGAAAGAAGCAGACUUCCUCUUCGAAAACAAAAGGAGUCAGUUGAUCCUGAUACAAAUUAUACUAAGCCAGGCAAGCCCCCUAAACCACCAGUACCACCAAGAAGAACAACAAGUACAGGUAUGGGGAAAAGUUUUGAAGGAAAGCUGGAACCUACAACAAGAAUACCAACCACGGACACAAGCACAGAAACUGAAUCCAAUCAAACACCAAAGCAUACAAAAAGUAUUUCUACCACUGUAGGUGCAAGUUUUGAUGAAAGGCGAAUAAUGGGAAGAUAUUCCCCAAGAACAGCAACUGAUGCCGAUACAUCAACAUAUGACCAGUUAUCAGAAUCUAUGCGACAAAAGAAGGAAAUGUUGAGUGAAGCUGUAGGUACUAGUUUUGACCAACCUGUGUCUUUAUCAAAAACGGAAACUACUGAAACUGGCACAUCACCACAAACACCAACAAUUAAGAAAAGUACAGCAGUAGGUAGCUUUGAGAUGGAUGAGACAAAGCAGAUGGUUGAGUGUGGAACAUCGCCACCAACUCCAACAACCAAAACCCACCAGAACAUUGCGACAGGGACUAGUUUUGAUGAAACAUGUAGCACAGAAAUGACAGAGAGAGGAAUAUCCUCACUAAGCAGUCCAAGAAACAGGCAUAUAGAUUCAGAACAAAGUGCAUCUAGUAGGACAGCUGAGUCUGUUUUAGGAACAACUGGCAUCCCCAACAGGUAUAGUGGGAAUCAUCAGAUAUUCGUAUGUGCGAGUCAACAAAGGAAAUCAACUGACAGAAAAGCUCUCCAAGAAAAAAUUAAAGCCCUAAAGAUGACAACCGCGAGUAUUGGAACAAAUACAGAAGAGUGCAAAGCUGCUACACCUGUGACCAGUGAUGACGAAUACCAUGUACCUAUGGCAAUUAAAAUAAGAAAUCGUUCACUUCAUGAUAGCGAAAGAAGGAGCUCAUCUUUGCCUUCUACACCAAGUCGUAUUCCAAGGACACCAAGUAGGAGUGCCUCAAGUGACACAGAAGGAUUUGAUAGUGACAUGGAUAUUUCAAAAAGAAUUCGACGAAAACUGCCAGAAAUCCCACCUGGUGCAGUACCAGUACAAGUACCUAAAAGAGAAAGAAAGAAAAAAUCGGAUAUUGGAAUGUCAAGAAUGGACCCUGAGAAGGCAGUAGAAAUUGAAAAGGUAAAACAGAUGCUGUAUAAAAAGGCUGAGGAGUUAAAGCAACAACAAAGUAGGAAAGAACAACAACCACCACCACCAAAAGAUACUGGUAAGCAAUGCAGGUAUCUAAGCUCGGAUAUUAAAUCGGAGAAAAAGAAUGGCAAUGGUAAAAAGUCGACUUCAUUCACUAUCCGGCAAUCAGCUAUUGGCGGAAAGUCGGGAAAUGGAAAUAUGCCUAAAAGGUUAUCACCACCUCAUGGUUCAAAAAAGCAGUUCCAAGCCUCAGAUAAAUCAAUUUCAAAACGAUCAUCCCCUCCACAUGAGAGGUUUGGAUUCAAGAGAACAUCGCCCACCCAGACCAAGUUUGAAGUAAAAAGUCAAUCUAAGAAAAUUGAUGAUGAAGAUAGCAAUUUAACUUCGAUGGUACAUCUGACAAAGUCAGAAGAAGAAAUCAUAAGAGAAAUUGAAAAACAAAUCAGUGACACUUCUGGGACUGAAUACCGUGCCUUUGAACCAGCCGAAAUUAGAAAAGAGGUUCAAAGAAAAUAUGCAGACUAUGUGUGCGAGGACUAUGGAUAUAGUAGUUUCAGUCAAACAAGUACAGAUGAACCUGUAUCAUAUUUAUCAUCCUACGUGGACAAUGAUAGCAUAGAUAAAAAACAAAAACAAAUGACUACCACUUAUUCUACUAAAUCAGAACUAGGUUCAAGCUCUUUUACAACAUAUGAAGAUAUGUGGGAGCAAGAUAGUAAAACUGGUUCUGAGAAAAGACACAUUCAUUCCGUCUUGCAUCAUGACAGUGAGCACAAAAUUGAAAGUACGGGAUCGUCAAUCAAAGAAGAAAAAACAAAGAGUCGUCUACCAGUUAGACAAAAAUCAGAAUCCAAAUCAGAAACUCGUAAAAAAUCGGAUAUGGAAUCAAUAAAAACUAGGACAGAAAAAACUAAGACGUCAGCUAUGAAAUACCAGUAUGUUGCAAAACCCGAGAAAAAAGCUACUGCAAGGUUACAAGUUAAAGGACAUUCUCCAGAAAAUGCUAAAAAAAAUGGGCGUGAUAAAAAAGACGAGGACCUUAGUCCGAGCAAAUCGCCAAAGUCUCCAGCUCGGGUGUCUCCUCAGUCAUCUCCUCAGAGACGUCGGCAUCGAAGACAGAAUUCAGAUCCACAUGUUCAGAAGUUUUCUCCAAUCAAGGAAGAUAGCGACUUUGAGUCACAACUUUGUUCAAUUGAUUCAGCAUAUGGGUCAACCGUCAAGAAACUGGAAAGGCAAUCAUCAUCCACAAAUAAGCCAGUAAGACGGAGAAAAGACACACCAACAGUGAUGCCACUUCCAGAUGAAAUAAUCACGGAAGAGGAACGCAUGAGUAAUGAAGGUGAAAUGAUAGAAAGGAACAUUAAAGCUGGAAAAAGAGAACAAUUGAAAAAAGAAAUAGAAAAACGAAAGAAACAGAUGGAAGAGUCCGCAAAACGUCUUGAGGAAAUUAAAAUAAUGCGGCGAUUUGAUUCGGACUUAGAUACAGUAAAAAUGAGUUAUAGUUAUGAUGAUAAACUUAGAAAUAUAGAGCCAAUUUCACUCGGUGAACGAGAAAGGCAGUAUGGGUCCUUAGAAACAAUGGCUUUAGGAAGAAACAUUCCAGACAUGCCACACUCAAGUGUCACGUCAUCGGGAGAUAUUCACCAAUACAAUGAUCAACACAUUAUUUUUCCAUUAAAGAGCGAACACCUUGGAUUGCAUGGGAUAGGUGACGAUCACGAUUUUCCUUUAGAAAAGAAACCCGCAGGUCGACAAAUACAUUAUGAUGAAAUAACUGGAAGUGCAGUUCAUAUUGUGCAACCACGACCUAGCAUGGUUUCUAAAGAAGACCAACAGAAAAAAGCAGUGUCUAUGCGUAGAAGCAAAGGAUUACCCGACAAAGAUACAAGAAGCCAAGUGACACUGGAAGCUGGAAAGAACAGAAAAGGUAACCUUGAUGUACAUGUUAAAGAUAUACAUACUGGUACCUCAUAUGCUACUUCUGAUGACGUAAUACCACCGAGUCCAACUAGAGCUAUGCUAUCCAGGACAAAGGCAAUCUCUGUGACGUCAUCCAAUUCGGAUGCCAGCGAAGAAAGGCAGAAUUUCUCAAAACAAGAUUCCGUUAAAAGUGAUUUUUCAUCUGCAGAAUACGGCAGUUAUGAUUUUCGACUAACGGGGCGUGAGACAGACUGGUCAGAACAUCGCAACGAUAGCGAUGAGGAGAGUUAUGGGUCGAGUUCUUUGUAUAAGGGCCCACAUAAAAGUAGCGGAAUACACCGUCGGAAAACCCCGUUUACUGGACCAUUGAAAUAUGAUUUUGAAACGAAAACAUUUCUGUUUAGUCGCGACCCUAAAGACAGAUCUGUGCGAGGUAAUGGUCUCGGAUUGAAAGUUGUCGGCGGCAAACACGUACCACGAACAAAUAACAUAGGCGCCUACAUAGCAGCGAUAUACCCAGGAAGUGUGUGUGAGCAGACUAUUGAUUUGAGAGAAGGUGACCAAGUGCUUGAAUGGAAUGGUGUCAGUUUAAGUGGGCUAACUUACGAAGAAGUGCAACAAGUAAUAAGGUCUUCGGACGGGGAAGUGGAAUUGAAAGUAAAAUGUGGGGCAAAUAUGUGCGAAUCACCGCGACGUCCACCGCCCAGUAAACAACCAAGCGAGAGCUAUCAAUCUUCAAUUGAAAACAUAGCGGGCGAAGUACCCAAUACGACAGAUGAUCAACAAAACUCGCCAGGUCUUGGAAUUGAUCCAAAUCAACUGAGCAGACGAUUAGAAGGGAUAUCAAGAGCUCAAUCUCAGUCGGAUUCUAGUGGAUCGGUAAAACACAGCAGUCCUACGAAAUGGCCACAAUCUCCGACUGCGUCUUCGCCAAGCGAACCUUCAACACCAAAGGUAAAUUCACAUAGACUAUUUCAUUCUAGGUGGUAUUAACUUUGUAUUAACAUAUGAAACCAUACACGACGAUCAACUAAUAUGAUAUAUAC